AAGCGUGACUGCGAAGGGGGGACGGACGGACACAACAACUCCAUGCCUGCCGCGGCUCCUUCUCCUUCUUCUGCUCGCAAAUUAACUUAAAAGCGGCGCAUUUCACAGACAAGCAGGGGAAACAACAUUUCUUCUCUCCUUCUUUUUGCCCCCCCUCUCCCUCUUUCUCUCUCUCUCUCUCCGUCGUUGGCAGCGACGCCGAACACUUGAGCGAGGCUGACGUUAACCCGUUAGCGGCAGCAGCGAACCGGAGCUGCCACGAGUAGAUCCACGAUAUCUCCCCCCUUACACCAGGACCUCGUGUUUCUCCGGAGGUGGACUCCUAUCUAUUCCCACCUGUGCUUUUUUUUUUUCUUCUCUCUACAAAAAAAAAAAAAAGAAAUCUUUGUUUUUAAACGCUCGGUGCUAACUCUGCUCGGUGGCUCUUAAUUACAUGAAGUGGAUUGGUUCAAACUAGUGAAGACGGGACUAAACGCCGCGCUUCUUCACACAAGGAGAGAAAUGCAAACGGUGGCGACGGAGAGGAGAUUCAAAACGGAGCGCGUGUGAUAUCAUAUGUCCUCCGAGUGGUCCACACAUUCAACAAGAGGGUGGGAUACAGCAGAUGCUAAUUUUCUCCACUCCAGUCUUGUUUUUCAAGAGGAAGUUGAAUGGAUUGGUCACACUUUGCACAAGGUGUUAGUCUUUGAUCCUGUCAGAGUGGGACGCGUCUAGCAGCGGGGACUGAGGAGGGAGCAGUGCCAACGUAGAGCAUGGUGCCUAACAUUCACCUGGCAGGGCCCCUCCUGCCCAGAGGGGCGUUGCUGUUGCUGCUUCUACUCGGCUCCGAGGUGAUCUCCUCUCUGGCAGACAGCAGGCCGAGUUUUAUCAAAACCCCGGAGGACCAGAUUGGCAUCGCGGGCGGGGUUGCAUCAUUCGUGUGCCAGGCCACAGGAGAGCCCAAGCCCAGAAUCACCUGGAUGAAGAAGGGCAAGAAAGUCAGCUCCCAGCGCUUCGAGGUGAUCGAAUUCGACGACGGCUCGGGCUCGGUGCUGCGGAUCCAGCCGCUGCGCUCCCACAGAGACGAAGCCGUUUACGAGUGCACAGCCACUAACAGCGUUGGCGAGAUCAACGCCAAUGCCAAGCUCUCAGUCCUGGAAGAGACCCAGAUCCCGCACGGCUUCCCCGCCAUCGACAUGGGGCCUCAGCUGAAAGUGGUCGAAAAGACCCGGACCGCCACGAUGCUGUGCGCCGCUAGUGGAAACCCGGACCCGGAGAUCUCGUGGUACAAGGACAUGCUCCCCGUGGACAUCAACAGCAGCAACGGGCGCAUCAAACAGCUUCGCUCAGGUGGUACACCAAUUAGAGGAGCUCUGCAGAUUGAGAACAGCGAGGAGCCGGACCAGGGGAAAUACGAGUGCGUAGCCAUGAACAGCGCCGGGACCCGGUACUCUGCACCCGCCAAUCUCUAUGUCAGAGAUCAGCGCGAAGUGCGAAGGGUCCCACCCAGAUUCUCGAUUCCACCCACCAACCAAGAGGUGAUGCCGGGCGGCAGCGUCAACCUGACCUGCGUGGCGGUGGGCUCCCCCAUGCCCUACGUCAAGUGGACCCUGGGUCAGGAGGAGCUGACCAAAGAGGAGGAGAUGCCGAUGGGCCGCAACGUGCUGGAGGUCACCAACAUCCGGGAGUCAGCCAACUACACGUGCGUGGCCAUCUCUUCACUGGGCAUGAUUGAAGCCACGGCACAGGUCACCGUCAAAGCCUUACCAAAGCCGCCCACCUCCCUCACGGUGACAGAAACCACCGCCACCAGUGUGACGCUCACGUGGGAUUCUGGAAACCCGGAGCCCGUUUCCUACUACAUGAUCCAAUACCGGGCCAAAACCUCGGACAACGGCUUCCAGGAGGUGGAGGGCGUGGCAACCACGCGCUACAGCAUCGGCGGACUCAGUCCGUACUCCGAGUACGAGUUCCGCGUCAUGGCCGUGAACAACAUCGGCCGCGGGCCGCCCAGCGACCCCGUGGAGACGCGCACCGGCGAGCAGGCGCCCUCCUCGCCGCCCCUCCACGUUCAGGCCCGCAUGCUGAGCGCCAGCACCAUGCUGGUGCAGUGGGAGCCUCCCGAGGAGCCCAACGGACAGAUAAGAGGUUACCGGGUGUACUACAGCUCCAACAUGAUGGACCCGCUCAGCGCCUGGCAGAAACACAACACGGACGACAGCAGCCUGACAACCAUCUCGGGGCUGACGCCCGACAUCACCUACAGCCUCAGGGUGCUGGGCUUCACCUCCGUGGGCGACGGACCUCCCUCUGACAUCCUGCAAGUCAAGACGCAGCAGGGAGUUCCCGCCCAGCCGUCCAGUUUCGAGGCCGAAGCCGAGCUCGACACCCGGAUCUCGCUGACAUGGCUCUGGCCCGUCCAGGACCAAAUCACCAAGUACGAGCUGCAGUACUGGGAGGCCGGCACAGACAGCAAGAAACACGUGACGUUCAACCCGGCGGGCUCCUACGCCGUGGACGGUUUAAAGCCUGACACCAUGUACUAUUUCUCCCUGGCAGCCCGCUCCGAAAUGGGUUUGGGCGUCUACACCCAGCCCAUCCAGGCCCGCACCGCUCAGUCCACUCCCUCCGCCCCACCUCAGGAAGUUCACGUGGUCAGCCUGACCUCCACAAGCCUCAAGGUGAGUUGGGUGGCGCCGCCUGCCGACAGCCGCCACGGUGCCAUCGUGCGCUACACAGUCAGCUACCGGGCUCCGGCGGGAGAGGACACGGAGCGGCACGAUGUGCCCGACAUCGGUGCAGACGCCACCAGCCAUGUGCUGGUAGGCCUGGAGAAGUGGACUGAGUAUGAGGUGUGGGUGAGGGCACACACUGACGUGGGCCCAGGCCCCGAAAGUGCCCCGGUCAAGAUGAGAACCAAGGAGGAUGUGCCAGGAGCCCCUCCCAGGAAGCUGGAGGUCGAGGCCAUAAACUCCACGGCCAUCCGGGUCACCUGGAAGCCCCCCGUACAGGUGAAGCAGCACGGACAAAUCAGGGGCUACCAAGUGAUCUUUUCCCGGCUGGAAAACGGCGAACCACGAGGCCAGCCGAACAUCAUGGACGUCGCUUUGCCAGAGGCACAGUGGAAUAUUGAAGAGUCCACCGAGCAUGAAGCCGUCAUUGGAGGACUGCUGGCUGAAACCACCUACUCCGUCACCGUGGCUGCUUACACCACUAAGGGCGACGGAGCUCGGAGCAAAGCCAAAGUCGUCACCACCACUGGGGCAGUGCCAGGCAGGCCCACCAUGAUGAUCAGCACCACCAUGGGCAACACAGCACUGAUCCAGUGGCAGCCUCCCAAGGAGAUGGUGGGGGAGCUGAUGGGCUACCAGCUGCAGUACAAACGCACCGACGAGGAGACCUUCACCUCGCUGGAGCUGAGCAAAACCAAAGACCACCACACCGUCACCGAGCUGCACAAAGGAGCCACCUACGUCUUCCGCCUGAGCGCCCGCAACCGCGCCGGUGCCGGCGAGGCCUACGUGAAGGAGAUCAGCACCCCUGAAGAUGUGCCCACAGGGUUCCCCCUCAACCUCAAAGUCACCGGGCUCACCCAGUCGAGCACGAAGCUCACCUGGGAGCCCCCGAAUCUGAAAGAAAGGAACGGCAAGAUAACUCACUACCUAGUGGUGUACAGGGACAUAAACAAUCAGCAGGACAACACCAGCCGCACGAUGGACACGAACUUGACCAUCGUGGGCCUCAACCCGGACACCACUUACGACAUCCGCGUGCAGGCUUUCACCAGCAAGGGCCCCGGACCCCUCAGCCCCAGCAUCCAGAGCAGGACCAUGUCCAACGAUUUCCCAACGCUUAACUUUGGUGUGAAAGCGGUCACAAAAACAUCCGUGCUCCUCACCUGGGACCUGCCGGAAAACCACAAAUCUCAGGCUCCAUUUAAGAUUUUGUACAACCAACAAAGUGUGGAGGUGGAGGGAAACCAAAAGAGGAAGCUGAUCACGCAGCUGCAGCCGGACACCGACUACUCCUUUGUGCUGACGAGCAGGGGCAUCAUUGCUGGAGGUCUUCAGCAGCAGGUGUCCAUCCGCACGGCCCCGGACCUCAUCCAGACCAAGCCCAUCACGCAGACGUCUCAGGGUGGCAAAAUGACCAUCGACCUGCCCAAAGUCCAGACCACCACCCGCGUCAGAUGGUAUUACAUCGUGGUGGUGCCCAAAACGCAGUCCAUGCAGCGGUGGAAGAAUCCAGACGAGGUGGACCUGGAAGAGCUGCUCAGGUCCAGAGAAGGUCCGGUCCUGAGGCGCAGACGUCACGUGGAGUCCCCCAGGGCAUACGUUGCAGCCAAAUUGGCCAGCCUGCCGGCAACCUUUGUGUUGGGCGAUGACAAGGAUUACGCAGGCUUCAGAAACAAACCCCUGACUAACAACCAAGAGUACCUCUGCUUUGUCGUGGCGGUGCUACGAAAUGAAGGGACGGACAGCACAGCUAAUUAUAUGACCUUUUCCGCCAGUCCCUACUCUGACCCGAUCCAGAUCAAAACCAAGUUGCCCCAAGGGAUGGAUCCACCUGAAAUGCUUUGGGUGAUGGGCCCCGUGCUGGCAGUGGUCGUCAUCAUCAUCAUCGUCAUCGCCAUCCUUCUGUUUAAAAACAAACAGGAAAGAAAGCGGGCAUCGCCCUUACCGAAAGACGAGCACUCAGGCGGCGUGAAGGACUUGCUGUUAGCCAACUCCUCCGACCCCGUCGAGAUGAGGAGACUCAACUACCAGACCCCAGGUCCCAGCUCUCAUCGCUGCCCCAACACUCCAAGAAUGAGGGAGCACCCACCAAUUACUGUCGUUGACCUGGCUGACCACAUAGAGCGACUUAAGGCCAACGACGGCCUCCGCUUUUCCCAGGAAUAUGAGUCUAUUGAUCCAGGCCAGCAGUUUACCUGGGAGAACUCCAACAUGGAAGUGAACAAACCAAAGAAUCGCUAUGCAAACGUCAUCGCCUAUGACCACUCCAGAGUGGUCCUCACCUCUGUUGAUGCCGUUCCAGGCAGCGACUACAUUAACGCCAACUACAUCGACGGCUACAGGAAGCAGAACGCCUACAUCGCCACUCAGGGGCCCCUGCCGGAGACCCUGAGCGACUUCUGGAGAAUGGUGUGGGAGCAGAGAUCCAACACCAUCGUCAUGAUGACCAGACUGGAGGAGAAGUCGCGGGUGAAGUGUGACCAGUACUGGCCGUCACGAGGAACAGAGACAUACGGGAUGAUCCAGGUCACCAUGCUGGACACAGUGGAGCUGGCAACUUACAGCGUCCGAACCUUUGCCCUCUACAAGAACGGCUCCAGCGAGAAGAGAGAGGUGAGACAGUUCCAGUUCAUGGCCUGGCCCGACCACGGCGUGCCCGAGUAUCCCACGCCCAUCCUGGCCUUCCUGCGGAGGGUGAAGGCCUGCAACCCUCCAGACGCCGGGCCCAUGGUGGUCCACUGCAGCGCGGGCGUCGGCCGGACCGGCUGCUUCAUCGUGAUCGAUGCCAUGCUGGAGCGCAUGAAGCACGAGAAGACGGUGGACAUUUACGGCCACGUGACGUGCAUGCGCGCCCAGAGGAACUACAUGGUCCAGACCGAGGACCAGUACAUCUUCAUCCACGAAGCGCUCCUGGAGGCCGCCACCUGCGGCAACACGGAGGUGCCGGCGCGCAACCUGUACGCCCACAUCCAGAAACUCACGCAGCCGCCGCCCGGCGACACGGUCACCGCCAUGGAGCUGGAGUUCAAGAGACUGGCCAACUCCAAAGCCCACACGUCACGCUUCAUCAGCGCCAACUUGCCCUGCAACAAGUUCAAGAACCGGCUGGUCAACAUCAUGCCUUUUGAGUCCACCCGUGUUUGCCUGCAGCCCAUCCGCGGCGUCGAGGGCUCCGACUACAUCAACGCCAGCUUCAUCGACGGCUACAGACAGCAGAAAGCCUACGUCGCCACACAGGGACCCCUGGCUGAGACCACCGAGGAUUUCUGGAGGAUGCUGUGGGAGCACAACUCCACCAUCGUGGUCAUGCUCACCAAGCUACGAGAAAUGGGCCGGGAGAAGUGCCAUCAGUACUGGCCAGCAGAGCGUUCGGCCAGGUACCAGUACUUUGUGGUGGAUCCCAUGGCUGAGUACAACAUGCCUCAGUACAUCCUCAGAGAGUUCAAAGUCACAGAUGCCCGGGAUGGACAAUCCAGAACAAUCCGCCAGUUCCAGUUCACCGACUGGCCCGAGCAGGGAGUGCCAAAAACCGGAGAGGGCUUCAUCGACUUCAUUGGACAAGUGCACAAAACUAAGGAGCAGUUUGGACAGGACGGACCAAUCACUGUACACUGCAGUGCCGGGGUAGGCAGGACCGGAGUCUUCAUCACCCUCAGCAUCGUGCUGGAGCGCAUGAGGUACGAGGGUGUGGUGGACCUCUUCCAGACGGUGAAGACGCUCCGCACCCAGCGGCCCGCCAUGGUGCAGACCGAGGACCAGUACCAGCUGUGCUACAGGGCAGCACUGGAGUACCUGGGAAGCUUUGACCACUAUGCAACGUAACCACUCUCACUGAAGCAGCUUUCCCCGGUCAGACCUCUCAGGAGUGUGCCAAGUGUCCCAUUUCAGCCGCCAUCCAUCCAAAUCACUUGACCCACCCAGCCAACCACCCCCCCCCCCCGCCCCCCCACAACUCCAACUCUCGACCCCCGGCACCCGCCUCGCAGCUAUCGGAGAGGUGGAGAACGGGACGGGCUUACCGCCAUCUGUCAGGGGUUAUCGCAACCAAUUACAGAGCUAUAGGUCGAGAUCAGCGACCCGCCCGAUAUUUUCGCUUUAAAGAUGACAGAACCAUCCCAGAGACAACUGUAAACGUGACAACUCUUGUACAGACGCGACAGAGCAGACUCGAGUCGAAGCCAAACCUCCCUGAUUGUCCGAGGCUACUGGUAGCACAAAGAGAGCAGACGCUCACUUUUCAUCCUCUGUUUGGUCAUUUCGUCAGUAUGAUUCACUACGAGUUAUUGUUUAGUAUGAUGUUUUUUUAUGUUUUUAUUAAUCAUUUUAACGCCAGACAUUUCUUUUUGUGUUUUGUUUUUCUCACACGAAGCAAGCAUUAUAUUCAUAAUCGUUUUUAGGGUACUUUAGCACACGUGGACGUGUUUGUGACGUCCGCUCGACACUAAUCCAGGAGGACCGCUGUUCUCUAAGCUGCUGUCAGGUUUCUCCUACUGCGCCGUGUUUGUUUCCAUUCGUUUUAUGUUCCGAACGUUCCUUUUUGCUCGUUGUCAGCUCAACAACUCCGAUUGCCUUUUUCACUUGCCGUUACGAAAAAAAUCAACUUUGAGGAGAUUUGAUUGGAGAACACAGACUUGCUGCAGUUGUCCCUCUGUAACCGCAGCAGACACACAAAGCCGCAAAGAGGUGCACAGAAAUGCGAAGCACAUCAUUUCUGUUUUUUGUUGUUUUGUUUUUUUUUGUUGUUGUGGGGGUGGGAGGGAGGGUUGUUUUUCAUCAGAAGCCUAUGGCAUUGAGGCCUUCAUGCUCCACAGCGGAGAACAAAGCAGACUUUUUGUACCCAAAGGGUAGGCGACAGGACAAUAUAAACUCACGAUCUCUGAAUAAAGUCAAGAUGCUCUUCAAGUCCCUUUUCCCCCGUCGUCGCCUCGCUUGCCGCCGAGCCCGGUCGGGUUCGCCGGAGUUGGAGCGGAGCAGAAGCGGUUUCGUCAUGGGUUUGGGGAGCAGAGCCAUCAGCAUCGGUACUUGUACAGAAUCAAACCAUUCCUACAGAGGGACAGAAACUCAGCUCUUUGGACUGAAACCUGAUAUUUUAUACAGAAAUAGAACUAUAAAUAUAUAUAUAUAUACACACUCACAUAUAUAUAAUUAUGACUGAUUAUAUAUAUGUACGAUCACACAUAGAUAUAUACACAGCUUCAAAAAUAUAUUGUUAAAAAGGAAUAAUUCUGCUGAUCUAUCUAGAGACACUGCAGAGCCUGCUGUCCUAGAGUGUGUAUUAAUGGAGACACCAUUGUAUCUACUGUACUACCAUUGUAACUUCAACAGCUGGUUGUCCAUGUGAGGAAACAGCACAACCCCCCCCCUCCCAAACCAUCAUCAAAGCCAACAGGUCUUCACUGGGCGAGCACACACCUACUACACGACCCGUGGGAAUAGGACCGUCCGAGCCGAUCGGAUCGACAAAGGGGGAUGGAGGGGGCUCGAAAAAACGCUGGCAAAAACAAAAAAAAUGUUCAUUUCUACCUUGUGAAUGCUUAGUGCUGUAGGGGUUCAAUCUGUUGUACACACAGUCUGUUUUCUAUUUGUUGAUAAAGAACUGGAACUAAAGAAUCACAUGUUGAUGAAAAAGAAAAACCUUGAUGUUAAUAAAGUAAAAUAAUUGGGUUUUUGUACAAAGACCGGCUUUGGAUGCUUUGAUUUUGGAAUUUUAAGCGUUUUCGAAUAUGUGCAUGGUAACAUUGACCACCCCAGAAGGCUAUUCCACGUUUUUGGAUUCAUGCACAAAACAGCCCCGGGAAAGGUUGUCUGAUUUAUUUGUUCUUCAUUGCUGAGAAAGGCUUCCAUUGAGUGUCUAAUGUGUUGUUAUUUCCCUGUGUAACAAGCCUUGAAUCUAAUUAAUCUCUUAUCGCAUUACCAUAAUCACAGACUGAAAGGUUCUUUGAGUACAUUUAGUCGGUGAGGAAAAAGAUGCCACAUUAUUAAAAAAAAAUAUGUAAAAUGUAAUAAAGACUUUUUGUAAAAUUGAA